AUAUCACACGUCUACGUGACGCUCUGCCCCGCGCGCGGGGGAGUAAAACUCUAUGUGGACUGAACAGGGGCGAGUGUUAUUAACGCACGUGGUCGUAUAACAACCCGUCCUUAGUUGCCUUGAAGGCGGUUUUCUUAGCCUCGGGGGAGAUAUCUUAGCUGAUAUUUUGUGGGAAGAAGGAAGGAUCCUCCAUGUGGAUCGUCCGAAACUGAGGGGAUCUGGAUGUGCAAUGGAGUUUUUUUUUUAACCUGUACCUAUUCUAAGCACUUCUUCGUUGGUGGUCUCUGAUGGUUCAUUGCGACUAGAAAGCUUGCUUAUAGAGGCACCUUGAAUCCAUACUCACAUUGGGAAGAGGGGCGAGCUCUGUUUUACAUUUUCAAUCAGCAGAAUGGUUAUGAAAUCGUAAAUCCAGACAUGAGGAAGAAUGUAUAAAUUCGCAGGAUCUUUUUCCAGCUCCCUAGAAGCUGAUAAGCUAGGGUGGCAAUAACAUUUCUGUGUGCAUACUUAAAUUGCAUACUUAAAUAAACUGUUUAAAAAGCAUAGGGUAGGGCUGCACUUCUCAGAGCGUGGUCUCAGAAAACUGAUCCAGAUUACGUUUUCCUCAUGAAGGAUUUUGGUGAUGUACCUUGUUAGUGGUGACCUUUAUGACUACUGCUGUUUUAUUUACUUGUGUGAACGUGUACUAUUUGUACAGAGCACAAAAAUGACAGUUUCCUUAACAAGAGGACAUGACAAUCUAACCUGACUUGGGCCUGCAUUAUACUCAGGAGGCUGACUAAACUGAUCUACUACCUUCUCUUUAAAACAAAGGUCUUCUUUCAUAGUGCACAACCAAGGACUUGUAUCACAAUGUGCUUGCAGUUCCCAGCUGCUCAUAAGAAAUUUGUGAAGUUUUAACCUUCAUACACCACACAUGAAAUACUCAUCAGUGCAGGGGUGAACUAUUCAAAUGCCUCAGUGGUGUGGAACCAACCAUGACUUGGUGUGUGGGGGCCAAGGUCAAUUUUUCAGCACAUUAUUACAUUAAAAUUAUUAAAAAUAUUAAUGAAAGUGAGGAGGCAGAGGGAGUUGGAGGUGUGCACAAAACUAGUUUGCCUGGUUUGGUUCGAGUCCCCAAACUAGGGACUCAGCUCAAAUUCGAGUCGGUUUGAGGUUCUAAAGUUGAAAAAGAUUUUUUAAAAACUUACCACCGGGUUCGGUGGGUGCUGCUGCAGCCAUGGCAGGGAGGGUCCUUUAGAGAACGGCCGGGGGGGGGGGGUUGUUGGUUGAGCCAGUUUGCACAUCCCUAGAUGGAGUCAGGGGAAAGGUGACGGGAAAGAGGGAUGAUGUCAGGGUUCCGGCACAGGGGCCAAGUCACUGAGUCGUUGCUGCUUGUCAGCAGAUCACCUCAAGAGUUCUUUAUGGCUCCUACUGUUACUGCAGGAUAUUUCUACCUGCAGGCCACCAACAAAGUCACAGGGGCCAAAUUUGGCCCCUGGGCCUUAUGUUGUGCAAACCUGAUCUAGAGGUACAUUAAGAGCACCUUCACUGUACCACAGAGCUCACCCUCACUCCUGCACUCUCCAUCAAGGAUAUGGCAGCAUUUCCGUAUUUGCUGUCUGGAGUACCUUCAGCAUGGUGCUGAUUUUAAAAAUUAGUCCAUCUGUGCAGGGCUGGAGGCAUCAGAAGGCAGACAGCAGUCCUGGGAAAAGAGAAUGAGGCAGCCGUCUCCAGCAGCAGCAGCAAAGAUGCUGGUUUCUCCCAUGGCUGAGAGGAACAAGGAAGACAUCCUGGAGGUGCUGGCCGACUAUGUGGAUGACACAAAUUCAGCUUUUGGGCUGGAACUGGGAUCUGGGACUGGACAGCAUGUGGUGCAUUUUGCUCAAGCCUUGCCCACAGUCACUUGGCAACCCUCAGAGAUCAGCCUGGCUUCUCAGCAGAGCAUAUCUGCUUACAUUCAUGCUACCAAGGUGACCAAUGUCCGAGAGCCCCUUGCCAUCGAUGUAUCGCAGCCAUGGGACCAGUGGGCUGGCCUGGGCCGUGGCUGUUGCGACUUCAUUAUCAUCAUCAACUUGCUACACAUGACUGACCAAGGCUUGGAGGGAAUGUUUAAAGGCAUAGGACAACUACUGAAACCUGGAGGCAUUUGCCUAGCUUAUGGGCCCUUUGCCAUUAAUGGGAUCAUCAUUCCAGAGUGUAAUGUGCAACUAGACGAAAUGCUUCAGGCCAGAAAUCCUGAGUGGGGGCUAAGAGAUGUGGAAGAGCUUCGUCAGCUGGCAAACACCAACGCACUCCGUCUUGAGCGCAUGUUGGAGAUGCCUGAAUACACCAAAUGCCUGAUCUUUCGCAGGAGAGAGUUAUGAGCUCUGGCUACAGGACUAGGACAGUAGGAAUUAUUAUUGCAAUGUUUAUAGGGAAAAGUGAACAUUAAAUUCAAAUAAAAAUGGAGGCUUCUGUGGCUUC